AUGAAUCAAUCAUCGCAGUUUACUUGGCGCAUCCCCGCGUCCCUGAUCUUAGUCUUCCUUUCGAUCGCCUCCGCGAUAAAAUCUUUAUCCACCCCCGAAGUAAUUUUCUCAGAAUCUCAAGUAACCUUUCGGGGAAUCAUCUCAAACAAUAUCGAACACUUCCACAAUGUUAAAUAUGCUGCGGAUACAUCCGGACCUAACCGUUUCGCGCCUCCAAAACCGUUUACACCCCCUCCUGGUACCAUCAUAGAUGCUUCUUUACCCGGUCCAGCAUGUCCUCAAAUCAAAGAUCCUAUGCCGCCUUUCUUCUCUGCAGUUGAAGAAAUCAGUGAAGAUUGUUUACACCUCCACAUUGCUCGACCAAGUGGAUUAGAUAUAAGCUCAAAAAGCAAUCUCCCAGUCGUUGUAUACAACGCCGAGGGAGGAGCCAUCAAAGGCUCUAACCAUGAUGACCACAUCUCCCCUAACAAACUCAUCUCACUAUCCGUCGCCGACGGAAAUCCUAUAAUCUUUGUAGCUCUGAAUUCCCGUCUGAGUAUCUUCGGAUUCCCACGACUACCUAUAUUAAAAGACGAGAAGUCUCUCAAUCUUGGUAUGCGAGAUCAACGUGCGGCGUUCGAAUGGAUUAGAGAUCACAUCCAAGAAUUCGGCGGUGAUCCAAAUCGUAUCACCGCCUAUGGCUUGAGUGCCGGUGGUACGAUGACCUCGCUUCAGAUAAUGGCAUAUGGUGGUCAGAAAGGUGUACCCUUUCAGCAAGCAUGGGUUAUGUCUGGACCGCCUGGCACUUCUCUAAAUAUGACCAGUGAUGCAACUGAACAUCAUACUAGAGUUGUGGCAGAUAGAGUCGGUUGUGGAGGACUUGUGGAUUCGGAGAUUCUUUCAUGCUUGCGCAAUAUUCCUAUGCAAGAUCUCAUUGAUUCUGCAAUGGAGUAUUCCGUGUCAAAUCAUCCGCCUUCCGGUCUCUUUACCUUUAUUCCUUCGGUUGAUGAUGAUUUUCUACCUGAUCGGUACUCAACUAUGAUGCGUGAGGGUAGAUUUGUAAAAGGCAUUAAUAUGAUAUUUGGGUGGACUCAAGAUGAUGGUGCCAUGAGUGUUGGCCCUGGACAUCUCAUACAAUCCGAGGAAGAUAUGAUAACCUCCAUUAAAUCAUUCGCGCAUGCCAUGACUACAGAACAAUAUGCAGAACUAUUUGAUCUAUACCCGGCAUCAGACUUUGAAGAAGAAUUGACCAAUUACGUAUCACAAAAAGAUUCUGAGGAUCCUGAUAUUUCAGUUCAUUAUUUUCGAGUUUCCCGCAUCUUGAGAGAUCUACUUUUUACCUGUUCAUCGAUUGAUUUUGGAUAUCACAUGGUUAAAUGGACACAACGAACGAUGGACCCUACAUUUAGGGGAGUAAGGCUCUAUGACUUGAAUCAGAGUGCUUUGACUCCGCUAUGGAAAGGCGCUGGAAUGCCUUAUGUCAAAGUAUCUCACGGAUCUGACAACAACUACUUAUUCAACGGCGUAUUCCCCGAAGGUCAACUCACUGAAGAAGACAACGAGAUGUCAGAGAUGAUGGCUAGAAGUCUUGUCAACUUUGCUUAUAAUGGGAAUCCGAUCAAUACAUCUCUAUCACAAAAACAAUUUGCCGAAUGGCCUGGAUCGUAUGGCAAAGUUGACAUGGAAGAUACACAACUCGAGAGCUUGAGGAUUCAAGUCAUUGGAGGACCACAUGGCACAGGACCUGUUAUCUUGACCGACGAAGAUAACUCUGACAGCUCGAAACAGAAUCUGGAAAAUGAGAAUAUCAGGACAUGGCAACAAGUGUUGUCUGGCGCAGAUGAGUAUAGAUCGAUGGGCUCGGUGAAGGAAGCUGAAAGGAAGAGGUUGAUUGAGCAAGAAAAAUUGUUUCAACGAUGUAAAUAUAUCAAUGCUUUGGCAGAUACACUCGAUGUAUAA